AAAUGAAAUAACUACAUCGUUGCUUAAGUUUAGUGUUUUAGUAUAUAAAUUAGACAAAAUGAAUAAAACAGUGUUAAUAACAAUACUUUUGUUUGGUUGUGUGGUGAAAUCACUCGCUCAGAGUUCAGGCAAAACGCUGUCGCCCUUUUUGAGGGAUUGUUAUAGUGAACCUAAUUUAUUGGAUAGAAAUAACUUACCGCCAAUGACAUUACCAGUGUUGCUAGACAUAAUAAGGAAAGUCGAAGAUCAUCCUAAUGCCGUUGGAGAUAUACGGCAAAUAUCCACUGCCAUUGUGCAUAUGUUUAGACAAGAUGGAAUAAUAUAUGAUCCAACAGCGAUAUUGCAGCAGUUCGUAGUACCGUACAGUGCUACUGGAUUUCCAAUAUAUAAAAACAUGCUACUGUUAAAUAAGCUUUUGCCAGGGAACCAAUUUAAUUUGCCUACAGACAUUCUAACACCUGAAGAAAAGUGUGCACUUCAUUUCAUGGUGUCAUCAAGCAUAUUACUGAACGCCAGAGGCGACGAAGAAUGGACAUGCAAGAGCAUAUCGCUGCCCGGAAACCGCAGCGAGCGCCUGGCGGCCUACCGAGAAGCUGACGAUAUCGAGAUGAUUGAUGUGAACGGCAUCAAGGAUCACUUCGGCCGUCAAAUUUUAGGAACAACCAAUUGUCCAAUAGAGACUGGCGUAGUGUCUACCUCGUGGGGCGAUGUAGCCAUGGGCCCGGUAAUAGCAGGCAUUUCUGCAGGGCUGGAGGAACAAAACGUGCUGGUGUCCGACCUGGUUACCCUGAAGUCGGGGUUCACUGACAGCUCGAUUGUCGUUAACAAUAGAUAUGCGGCUACAGUCGCAGGAGAUAUUGCUGAGACUGCAAUCAGACAAGGAAUGACGCGGAAUUCUAUAACAGUUGGAGGUACUGGCGGAUGGAACAGUUCUUACGCCAACCGGCAUUACUUCCAUACCCGCACGACAGACCUGGAACUUACUGACGCUGAGAUCCGAGGUGGUUUGGAUGGACUCAUCCUCAGCGAACUGGGACUAUCUAAUGUGAACGCGUUUCCGGAGUUGAGGCUCUCUCAGCUAAUAGACAUGUAUUAUACUUCGAAUGGAAUUAUGCACGAGCCUCGGUUCCGGGCAUGCAAUCGCAUAGUGCUCAUACCAGACAUCGCUCCUUCCACGACCUUGAUUGAGCGGAGCCUAGGUCCAGCAAUAGCUUUAUACCACGCGUCCUCACUCUCGGGGACCACUAACAUAAGGGGCAUAAGGCAGUUCGUCAACAAUACUGUGACUGCUUUCCAUUCGUACAUACCUCUCAACAUGAACAGUGAUCCUCUCUGCCCAAUAUCUGUCAGUCAAAUGAUAAGACCAAAAGUAAAUUUAAUUUUAAUAACUUCAGAAAUAAACCGCAAUUUGAUAUCUUAUAUAGUUGACAACAUUGAAGUUGGCAAACACGGAUCUAGUAUUUCUCUUCUUCACCCAGAAACUGGUGAAGUGAUUAUUGAUAAAACGUUUUCGGCAGCAAAAUUCUACACUGAUUUUGCUCUAAGAUACAGAGCGCAGAUAGGUACCCUCGAUGUAGUAAAAUCGUUAAACUCGAUACGAGAAUUGAUGACAACACAAGCAGCAACAGAAAUGUCUCUGCAAUACUCUGGAGGAAACUCGACAGUAGCUCUCUUUCUCUCUGAUACCAUACCACUCACGGGUAACGACUGGAAUCAAGCCAUGAACCAUGUUAUUUGGCUAAGGCGCUUUGCUCCAGACUUACGUUUGGUCUUCGCAUCAUCUGCAUCAGGAAGUGAGACCGUUGCUUCAUUACUUCAUUCAAGAAGUGAUUUUAUACCGGUGACAUUGCCCUCGGCCAGAGAAUCACCAGAAAUUUUAUCUAGUUUGCUUGAAAACAUUAGAACGAGUCAAAGGAGAAUUGUGAACCCUCUAUGCAGUAAUGACUGGAAUGACCGUAACUCUGGAACCAUCGGCUUUGAAGACUACGUGGACGCCAACGGCAUUAAUUUGUACAGAAUAAUACCAAAUUACUUUUUUGUAAACAACCCUUUGAGAUUGUUGAGGAUUCAAACCCAAGAUUCAACUAGCCUAUCGGUAUGUUACUCUAGAACGGACUCUUUUCCAAGGCGUAACCAGACCACUGGUUCCGUGCCUGGGGAUGUGACAUGUCAAUCGGCCACUAGUGCCAGCGCAGUGGAAAUAAGCCUAGCAGAAGCAUGCUACCAAGCGACCUCAGUGGAAAGUUGUCCACCGUUCUAUUUAACAGUUGCGUCUGCGACAGUACCUCUGACACCUCAGUGUAAAGGUUCAGGAUGUCGCUACCCAAAUGACAUCAAGUAUUUGGUCGCUGCCCAUGAACUUGGAUGCUACAGUAGUGCUUUCGCAAAUAAAAUUAAUUUAGGUAUAUUUGCAUUAAUCUACGUGCUAGUACAUACACUAAUAUAAAAAAAA